UCAACAUCUGGAUUAUCUGUUCGUUCGCGAAGAUGCUUCUUCGUCCUUGAGACCUUCGUCGAUGACAACGGCAGCGGCCACGGUGAACAAUGGCGGAGCUGGAAGUUCCGAGAGGCAACAACUCCAUCCCGCUAGGUAAACGACGUCGUCUGUUCGAUCCAAGCCGGCGUCUUCCUGGACUUCAUGAUCAUCCCGGAGCACGUGUUCGAGAUCCUCUCCUCCGAUUGGAGCAAGUACGACGUUGCAUCAUCGCCACCGCCUCCGUCGUCAAAUCGAUCAAGGACAUAAAAGGAGCUGCCUUCUUCGCUGCCCACGAGCUCCAAGAACUACUGGGAAGUUGUUUAGUUAUGGUAAGCCAAGAAGCGAGCCAAGCUAGAUUUCGAGUAUUGAAACAUGAAAAUGGGAUUGAUGGGAGCGCCACCAUAAUUUCAACCUCUUCAGGAUUGCCAGAUCAGAUGUGCACGAAGUUGAGGGAGAUCAAUGAGUUGGUCCAGACUAGGAAAUUCAAGUGAUCAAGGAGCCCAGGAUUGUGUGGACCAAUUUUGCGCAGUUGAAGAAUAACAGUAAGCCCCGGAAUUUGGAGUCUUUUUUUGUAAAACUUCUUCUGACAGAUCAUAAGUGUGCAGAGAGUUUCUAGGAAUAGUGGGUUUUCUGGGAUUCUAUUUAACAAUGACCCUGAUCAAAUGCUUUGAAUCUGAGGGUACCAAACAGAAAGAAGGUAGUUUGGUGUAGUUUCUGUAACAUACUUGUCUUGUGCUCUUGUGUAGUUUGGUGCUAUAUUUCGACUUUGCAUCAAGAUAUUGAAGUCUCUACUCUUCAUAAAUGAAUUUCUUGACAUACACUGUACUUUGAUCUUAGGCAUCAGUAUCACUACUCUUCUUCCUGAAGGUGCUUUCACAUUUAAGAUCUCUUUUUUUUUUUUCCCUCCUUUAAUUCGUUUCCU